GAGACAGGCCGCGGCGCAAGCAGCACUCAACGAGAGCAGCACUGUCUCACACGAGAUAACGGGUGGGCAAAAAAAAAAAGACAGAAACACAAGUCGUGAUCCCCUUAACGUCCAAACAACGGUGGAAACCCCGGGAAAGAAGAAAGGGCACCGUGUUGGCACAGAAUAGAUUUGAGGCCCGUGCAAGUCGAGGAUAAAUGGUUGGAUGCUAGCUACUGUACCACGCUAGUUACCUAACUAGCUACCGUUAGCAAGCUAGCCAGUUUUUGUAAUCCGCCGGCCACACACUCGGCUUGGAUACUACAAAACAAGCCGAACCCAGACGACAUACUAGAAGAAGAGAGACCGGCGGUGACAGGAGGCUGGUUCUGGGGGUGAGACCAGAGGACCAGACUCAAUGAGUUUCCAGCGAAAUGUCAGAGAAGUCAGGGCAGAGCACCAAGGCAAAGGAUGGCAAGACCAAGUAUGCAACCCUUAGCCUCUUCAACACGUACAAGGGCAAGUCUCUGGAGACCCAGAAAACUGCAGUGGCUGCCAGACAUGGGCUCCAGAGUUUGGGUAAGGUUGCUGUCAGUCGGCGCAUGCCCCCCCCUGCCAACCUGCCCAGCCUGAAGGCAGAGAACAAGGGCAACGACCCCAACGUUAACAUUGUCCCCAAGGACGGCAGCGGCUGGGCCUCCAGACCUGAGGGAGGAGACGAGAGGCAGUCCGAUACCCCCCCACCCCAGCCUAACCCAGGGCCCCCCCAACCCCCAGAGGUCUCGUCCUCUAUAGGGUGCAGCAGAUCCUGGGCCAACAGCAAGCUGCCACCACCACAGCUAGAUGGAGGAGCCCCUCGUGUGAGCAGCCAGUUCCACCAGGAGUUCCCCAGUUUGCAGGCAGCCGGAGAGCCGGAGAAAGGGGAGGGGCAGGAGGAAGAGCCUUAUGGACCUGGACCCAGCCUCCGACCUCAGAAUGUUGGUAGUUGGCGCGAGGGCGGGGGAAAGAAUCUGACCACCUCAGCUAGCCCUUCUGAGAUGGACAGCUGUGGGCCAGAGGAGGGAGGGGCAGCGCUCAGCACCCCCUCACCCCCUGGGGAGGUGGAGGAGAGGGGCAGGGUGCCCCCUAUUGAGAAGAAAGAGGAGAGGGAGAGGCUGCCCCUGUCUGCCAAGCCUGCACCCCUCUCCUCUCAGCCCAAGCUACAACCCCCCUCUGCUCCAGCCCAGCCUAAACUCAAUGGGGGCCAGCAGGCCCAUGCCGGUGUGCCUCCCCAGUUCCACCCCCAGCUCAGGGGCAUGAUGCCACCCUACAUGUUCAAUGCGUAUCCCAGGAUGCCCUUUGCUCCAGUGCCAGGGAACAUCAGAUACCCUCUUCCACAGGAUGGAGCCAGGAGAGUCCGUCCCCAGCACGGGCCCCCCCAGGCCUGGAUUAAGGACCCAGAUAGACCCUCCAUCAUCAGCGCCACAGAGCUCAAAGAGCUUGACAACCUGGACACAGAGGCUGACGAGGGCUGGGCUGGAGCUCAGAUGGAGGUCGACUACACAGAGAAACUCAACUUCAGUGACGACGAGGAGAACCAUGCCGCCAAAGAGAAAGGGGAAAACUGGGAGUGGAUGGGUAAAUUGGAGCGGAUGAGGGUGCAGCGCACGUCAGACGGCCAGGAGGGCAGCAAAGGCUCAUGGGUAGAUAGAAGGGACCCCAGGGUGCUUUCCCCAGGCAGUAAGGGGGUGUACAAGACCGGCCCACCACAGGACCAUCAGGGUCAGCCAGGUGGGCGCUCGGUGGGCAGCGGAGCCCCUCGCGUGGCCAAACCCCCCACCAUUGCUCCCCCUGCUGGUGAGGAGGAGUGCGAGGCCUGGCGCCAGAAACACAAGAAGCAGGACCUGUCGGAAGCGGUAGAAAGAGCCAGGCGGAGGAGAGAAGAGGAGGAGAGGAGGAUGGAAGAGCAGAGACUCGCCGCUUGCGCAGAGAAACUCAAACGCCUCAACGAGAAACUCCGCCCGGCAACAGAUGCCAAGCCCGGCCCUGCCGCCGAGACAACCAAUGAAGAGACUGGAGCUGUGUGUGAAGACACACCUCUUUUGUCUGUUCUUCCCCCUGUCUCCAACCCUGCACCAUCACAGCCUGCCCCUUCCUCUCAGCCCCCGAACAUAUCAGCCCCUCUCCGAGAGAGUGUGGAGAGGGAAAGGAUUGAGAGAGAGAGGGUGGAGAGAGUAGAGCCUAGUGCGAAGGAAGAGAGUCAGUUUGUGCCUCGCCAGCCCAGCCCUCCAGUCCAGAGACCAUUGUCCAUACCCCCAGAGCCUCGGCUCGGAGAGGGUCCCCUGCGCUUGGUGGGCCCCCUGAGUGAGGUGAGCCCUCUGGUAGAGGAAUGCCAGACUGAGAGACUGACGCCCAUGCCUAUCAGAGACUACUUCAGCACCGAUGAGAGCAGAGUGGAGGAACCUGUGCCACUCACUCUGCCCCUUAUGGACCCCCUCAGUGGAGAGGACGCCCCUGUGGCCCCCCUGGACCUUGAGGGAGAGGUGGGGGCUGCCAUGCGCCCCUCUCUCACCUCUGGAUACUCUAAACAGUUCCAGAAGUCUCUGCCCCCGCGCUUCCUCAGGCAGCAGGAGCAGAUGAAGCAGCAGUGGCAGCAGCAGCAACAGCAGCAGGGGGGUGGUGGUGGGGCUGUGUCCCCAUCAGGAGGAGGUGCGGGUGGAGGAUGUGUAGCUGCCUCCCAGCAGCAGCACCGCUCCCUGUACCAGCCCGUCGGCCCCCCUCACCACCAGCAUCAGCAGCACCUGGCUAACAUGGGCUUUGACCCCCGCUGGCUCAUGAUGCAGUCAUAUAUAGACCCCCGCAUUAUGUCUGGAAGACCACCGCUCGACAUGCCAAACAUGCACCCUGGACCUGGGCGGAUUCCUCCUAAGCAGAUAGUUCGUAGAGAGCCAGGAGACAGCUCCAGUUCUGACUCCUUCGACCACCUGACCAGGCCCAUACGGGACCAUAGUCUCCCUUCUGAACCGCGCAUAGUAUGGGGGUCUGACCCAUACCCCCAAACUGAACCCCUGCCCUCUGUCACACCCCCUAAAGGACGGGAGGACGAGGACAGCAGAUUGGACUCUGGGUUGGAGAUGGAAAGGGGUCUCCCAGCCAUGUACCCCAGCCAGGAUCACAAUCCCCUGAAACCCUGUGGCAAAUCAGACCUUUUCAGAGACCCCACAAAGCCCCUGUCAGGAUUCGGCCCAGGCCCAGAGGAGGCUCCAGAACCCCUGCAGACAGAAAUAGGGCCUGGUGGGUCUCCCUUUGAGCCAGUGGAGCCUAGCCUGCCCACUGGAGAGGUGGAGGCUCUGGGACAGGCCAUGCUACAGAGUACUAUCUCCCAGGGCUCCAGCCACUCCCUCAAACUGGAUGAGCCCAGGUUCGACAGCCUCCACCUGGGCACAAAGACACUUGAGCUCCAGGAUCCAGAAGAGAGGCCAGGCGCGGAAGAUAUAAAGGCCAGUAAAGAGCCUUUCUCCCAGGCUGCUGUGGCCGGGGACACCCCUCCAGCUGACGGCCUCCACAAGCUAGAGAAGCCAGCCCCCAGCAAGCAGAAGGCUGAGCUGCGCUGGGGAGGGAGGUCUGGGGCCGGCCGUAGGGACGGACCAGGGGGAGAGAGGCCGGUACGCAGGUCUGGACCCAUUAAGAAACCUGUACUCAGAGACAUGAAGGAAGAACGAGAGCAGCGGGAGGAGAGAGAGCGACACCGUGAGAGAGGAGAAAAGGGGGAGAGACCCAAGAAGGAGGAGCGAGGAGAAGUGAAAGCUGCCUCCGCUGCUGCUGCGGUGUCUGAGGGCCCCAGGGACAGACCCCACGGGGAGAAGGAGAGGGACAGACCCCACGGGGAGAAGGAGAGGGACAGACCCCACGGGGAGAAGGAGAGGGACAGACCCCACGGGGAGAAGGAGAGGGACAGACCCCACGGGGAGAAGGAGAGGGACAGACCCCACGGGGAGAGGGACAGACCCCACGGGGAGAGGGACAGACCCCACGGGGAGAGGGACAGACCCCACGGGGAGAGGGACAGACCCCACGGGGAGAGGGACAGACCCCACGGGGAGAGGGACAGGGACAGACCCCACGGGGAGAGGGACAGGGACAGACCCCACGGGGAGAGAGAGAGGGAUGGGAAGAGUGAGGCCCCUGAGACAGAGGGGUCUGGGAAGGGCCCCCAGAAAUCCAGAGAUACACAUGCCCCGAUACCAGCCUCCCAGGACGACAAGACAGACCAACUACCGAACCAUGACAAAAACCCUGAACCUAAAUUACCCUCUAGGAAGGAGCCCAACCUCCCCCCACGGACCUACCGCCGUGAGGAGAGGGAAAGAGACCGGGAGAGAGAGAUGGAAAGGGACAGAGAGCGAGACUGGCCGGCUGAUGGUUUUAGAGGCCGAGGCAGAGGGGAGUACUACUCUCGAGGACGGAGUUUCCGGGGGACUUACAUUGGUCGAAGUAGAGGUGGCCGGGGUCGUAGUCGAUGGGAGUACCCUUAUCAGGAGCCGCGCUCGCGCUCAGACUUUCCUGCCGUCAGUGGCGCUGCUGCCUUCCGCUGCCGUGAAGAGAGCGAGACGCGCAGCGAGAGCUCAGACUUCGAAGUGAUGCCCAAACGCAGACGGCGUCGUGGUUCCGAUACCGACUCAGAGAGCGAAGGAGGACGGGAGUCCGCUAGCGACACUGGGGCUUCAGACCGUGAGCCCAGUGCCAAACCACCCCGAUCGCUCCGCAGUGAAAUACCAGGAGAGCCCCGCUCUGGACCACACAAACCUGGCUUCGGACCCCAUCACCUGGGGGAGAAAGGAGGGCCCAGAGGAGGAGACGAGGGAAGGCCCAAGCCAGGCUUCCUGCCCAAAGGAGAUCCUUCACGGCGGGGGAGAGGGGGACUGUACAGCAGGCGAGGGGGAGCCAGGGAGAGAGGAGGUCCUAGGUCAGCUCCUCUCAGACGACCAGGAACUAGAGAGUCGUCCUCCCAGUGGCCCUCUAAACCCAUGGAGACCUUCCGCCCCGAGGACACAGAACCCUCGUCAUCACGUUAUGACAACUGGGACCACCACUCUGACCGACGGCCCGUUCGAGGAGACAGAGACCGACAGUUCGAGGGGAAGAAGUUUGGGGAGGGGGGACCCCAGAGUAGCAGAGACAGAGAGAGGCCCCGUCGCCCUCGGCCAGCCCGACCCCCCAGACAGGACAAACCCCCCCGCUUCCGAAGGCUGAAGGAGAGAGAGGCUGCAGUCUUAGCUGGAGGAGACACAGGACCAGGACCCACCUCCACUGCCCCCGUCCCAGCCUUAGUGCCUGGCCCUGUCUCCCUGUCCCCUACUCUCUCCAGAGCUCCAGGGGCCCCCUUCACCCUGCCUGUAGAUAAGGAACCCAAAGCCGCUGACCUAACCUCUGACCCAGCACUGCCUGACACCACCCCUCCCACCACCUCUGCCGUGGGCACCAAGUCACCUGACCUGUCCACGCAGAACUCUUCUGACCAGGCCAACGAGGAGUGGGAGACGGCGUCGGAGAGUAGCGACUUUAACGAGCGUAGAGAACGGAAGGAGAGGAGGGGAGCGCGGGAGGCUGCUAGUGGCACUGCCCAGCCCUCGACACCAGCCCCCCUACCCCCUCAGGGCUCAGCACCCCCCAGUAGGACCCCCACCGAGGGAGGGGUGACACCCAAACGCGAGGCAGCCGGGCCCGCCGGGGGCAGGAGGAGUUUCUCCAGUCAGCGUCCGGUGGAGAGGCAGAACCGCUGGGGGAACAGCGGACCCAAACCAGGCCGCGGCUACGCAGGGGGGAAGGGAGAGAGGCGAGGAGGUGGCAAGGCUGGACGCAGAGGAGCGGCCCCAGACUCAGCCCCAGGUGGGGGAGUGGUGCGUACUGGGGGUAAAGACCCUGCUGGACGCAGGAAGGACGAGACCAAACAGAAACCCAAGGAGAAGGAGAACGCUCUGUUGCAGUUUGACCUAAACAACUAUGCCAGUGUGGUGAUCAUAGAUGACCAUCCAGAGGUGACAACCUUAGAGGACCCCCAGUGUAACACUACAGAUGACGGCUUCACUGAGGUGGUCUCACGCAAACAACAGAAACGACUACAGGACGAGGAGAGGAGGAAGAAAGAGGAGCAGACUACACAGCACUAUGGGAAGAAAGGAUCAGGGGAAAAGGGGAGAGGAGGAAGCAAGCUGCCACCAAGAUUCGCCAAAAAACAGCAGCAUUAUCAUCAACAAGCAUCACAACAACAACCACAACAAGCCUCACAGCCACAGCAGCCCUCACCUCCCCCCCAACAACCCCAGCCCCUCCUAUCUGCCUCCCAGCUCCCUCCCCCCUCCCAGCCUGCUGCCUCUCCCCAGACUCUGGAAGGCUCUGUGGCCACCCUACCCCCCGCCCCUACCCCCACCACUGUGGACUUCAUCUCCAAGACUCCCCUUCCCUCUGUGGCCCUGCUCACGCAGCCCCACAGCACUCUCGGUACGGAACUCUGGGAGAACAAGGUGACCGGAUCCACCAUACUCCCUGACGUCAAGAAACUUGGACCGAUCAGCCCUCCUCAGCCUCCUUCAGUCAGUGCCUGGAACAAACCUCUCACCUCCUUCACUGGGACUGUCACUCCUGAGGGAGUGAAGCCUGGCUCAGAAGGCAGUGUGGAUCUAGGGAUGGACAGUAUCCAGUUUGGAGCCCCGUCCUCAGCUGGCAGUACAGACAGCGAUGGUGUACCAGCCAUGCUUGAGCCUGGACCUGACAACAAACUACCUGCUCCUAAAGAACAGAGACAGAAACAGCCCCGUGCUGGACCUAUCAAAACACAGAAGCUCCCUGACAUGGAGCCAGUAGAGCCUAAGGAGUACAAGCCUGGCCCUAUUGGUAAAGAACGCUCUCUGCGUAACCGCAAGGCUAAGGACGUCCGUGUGGGGGGGGAAGAAUGUCUUGAUGGGGGGAUUGUACCAGGAGGAGGGACCAACAGAGCAGUAGAUUCCAGCCCCCCCAACACAGACACCUCUGUUCCUGAGCUAGGGGGCGAUAUCGAGGGGAUGAUCACCAUACCCUCGGCUGAGUACGCCAGCAGCUCCAAGGAGUCAGUGACCGACUACACCACCCCCUCUUCCUCUCUGGCUGACAGCGUUCCUACUGGAGGGAGUAAGAUGGAGGAGAGCCUGGUGGCCAACGUGGCCCUGCCUCACCCUCUCCCUCGUAGAGAGGCCUUACAGCAGAGCUCCAGCCUCAGUACUGUCUCUCCUGCUUCUGUUGACCUCACACUGAAGAUGGAGUCAGCCCGUAAAGCGUGGGAGAACUCCCCCAGCCUGGUAGAAAAGAGUUCUCCUGUCACCUCUUCUCCCAUCACCUCCUGCACCUCCUCCUCCUACUCCUCCUUCUCCUCUGUCUCCAUGCCUCAGAUACCAGUAGCCUCUGUCACACCAAGCACUUCUCUGACAGGUGCUGGGACAUACACCACGUCCGCUCUGAGCACUAAGACCACCACGGCCUCUGACCCCCCCAACAUCUGCAAGGUGAAACCCCAGCAGCUGCAAACUGGAUCCAUGGGCGGGACCAGCUUCUCCCAGCUGGGCUGUGUGGCCCCCCUGCUUCCCCAGCAGCAACAGACUCCACAGGUUUACGUCUCCCAGUCUGCAGCAGGCUCUGCAGCCCAGAUUCCAGCGUUCUACAUGGACACCAGUCACCUGUUCAGCAACCCCCACUCCCGCCUGGCACCUCUGACACAGCACCAGCAGCAGAGCUACCAGCCUAGACUCUCACAGCAGGCGGCGGUGCAGCAGAUUCCUAUCCCAAUCUAUGCUCCCCUACAGGGGCAGCACCAACACACACACACACACUCUCACCAGGCCCAGCUAAGCCUCAGCACCGGACCUCCCGUCUCCCAGCCACAGGACCUCUUCAGCUCUUCACUGCAGCCUUAUAGAUCACAGCAGGCCUUUAUGCAGAGCAGUCUGUCCCAGCCCAGUCCCAUGAUGUUAUCAGGGCCAUCUCUCCACAGCUACCCUGGUGUUGGGGGCCAUGACCUGGGCAAGCCCCAGUCCAGCCUGGCCUACCAGCAGCCCUCCAACACACACACACAACACAUCCCCAUCCUGUUUGAACCACAGCUCAACCAGCCCUCUGGCAUGGGAGGAUCCCAGCUGAUAGACACACACCUACUGCAGCGUCAGGGGAUGAGUCCACAUUCUAACCUGUACUCAGGACAGGUGCAACAACACGGACAGAGCAGUUACUAUAGUAACACACAGUCUCCUAGCUCUGCCAUGCAGCAGGUGCAAGUCCCUAUGCCAGGCUCCCAGCUCGGUCUUCCUAACUAUGGUUCCGGGGGCAGCCAGCCCCUCCUGGCUCUGCCCCCCACCCCUCCCCAGGCCCAGCCCCCCAGCCUCAGCCGCCAGCCCCCAGUCUCCCAGCCCUACAGGGGACCCUUCGGACACACACACAGCGUGAUGCAGCCCCCCUCCAGCAAGAUGUCUGAGAUGGACCUGAAGCUGUUUGGCAGUGGGAUGGACAUGAAGCCUGGGACAACUCCUCACAGCGCUAGGAGCACUACCCCUACAUCUAGUCCUUACAGGUAA